AGCCAUCCCGAUGAUGAUUAAUUUCUGGGAAACAUCCUCAGCAGAAUUAUUUGAAGGUGUUGCACCAGACAGUAAAGGCACAGAGGCAGUGGCUUGUGGGAAAGAGGGUGGCAGAGUAACACCCACGUUUGGCUCCAGAUUGUCCCAGCCUCCAUGGGACAGGGAAGGGAACUGGCUGUAGUGGAGCCAGUCCAGGGGCCGGUGACCUUCGAGGAGGUGGCUGUAUAUUUCACCAGGGAGGAAUGGGCUCUGCUGGACCCCCGUCAAAGAGCCCUCUGCAGAGACGUUAUGCAGGAGAACUAUGAGAAUGUGACCUCGCUGGCAGGUGAUACAAUGGUACGUGAGAAAGAGGAGCAGAAUUCUCUGCAGGAAAAUGUUGAGCAAGUGGCUAAACACAGAGAAUUAUCACAAAGAUCAAAAAGGAAUGUGUCCAAGAGUCAUGAACAGGGAAAUUCCUGUGAGAUUCAGCACAGACCAGAAAAAGAGCAAGGAAACCAGCCAGGGGAGAAAGUGGGUAAAUUAAUUUCACGAGAAGGAACUCAGAAGGACCUCAAGGAAACCACAACACAGCAGGAAAUCCUUAUGGGAAAGAGUAAAAAUACAUGCACUGAGUGUGGGAAAAACUUAUGUGACUAUUCAGCCCAUAAAGAGCAUCAUAGAAUCCACACAGGUGAAAAACCCUAUGAAUGCACUGAGUGUGAGAAAACCUUCAAGCGCAUCUCACAUCUUAUUUCCCAUAAGAGAAUCCAUAAAGGGGAGAAGCCCUAUGAAUGCAGUGAGUGUGGGAAAAAUUUCACUCACAGAUUCAGCCUUAUUAAUCAUCAGAGAAUCCACAUGGGGGAGAGGCCCUUUAAAUGCCAUGAGUGUGGAAAAUGCUUCAGUAACACCUCAACUCUUUCUAAACAUCAGAGAAUUCACACAGGGAAGAGGCCCUAUGAAUGUAGUGAGUGUGGGAAAAACUUCACUCAGAGAUCAG